AUGUAUGACCCAGCACAAGGAACCACAGAGUGCAACGCACGAUGUGGAAGCAGCUUUUCAGAUGCAUACAAACCUGUCCAGAUUCAAGUUACUGGAGACAAUGACUGUACCUGGAACAUAGUGAGGCCGGCCAAUGAGACCACCAGAGUAAUCUUCUCUAUGCUCGAGCUGAAUCCAUCCGCAGACUGUUCUCAGGAGAACGUCACUGUACUGGAUGAAGAUUUCGGAGUGCUGGGAGUGUUGUGUCCGAACUCUCCUAAGAUUACUACGUUUGAAUCUCCGGGCAAAGUGUAUGUCAGGGUGUUCAGUAACUCAGCUUCACUUACUAGGACUGUAUACUUCCUUUAUUACUCCGUCACUCCUGCAAAUACUGUAAAGUGUGGUGGGAACCUCAAUAGUUAUUCAGGAAAAAUUUCUAGCCCCAAUUAUCCUGAUCGCCACCAACCUUUUACCUACUGUGUCUGGCACGUGACAACACCAAAGAACACAAAAGCCAAGCUGUCAUUUACUGAAAUCUUUGUUGAACCAGAUUUUGCCUGCCGAUUUGAUUUCAUUGCUGUGUAUGAUGGCCCAACUACAGACUCACCCCUUAAGGAUGUGCUGUGUGGUCGUACGGUAGCUAAUUUGGAGACUUCUUCCAAUGAAUUUACUUUGGUGUUCAACGGUGAUUACGCCAACUCGUAUUUUGGCUUCUCUGUUGACUACAGUGCCAUACCAAAGACAAACAACAGCUCAUUGUCUUGCUCUGGAGACUCGAUGACUGUUGUCAUCAAUCCAAAUUACAUUGAUUCACUGGGAUACAAUGCAAAUGAGCUGACGCUGAAUGAUAAAACGUGUGCUCCUAAUUCUGCCAAUCCUGUUGUAUUUGAGGUGCCCUUCGGCAGCUGUGGCACAGUUAAGAAGCUGCAGGAUCAUACAAUUUAUUACACAAACACCAUCCAUGCAAGUACAGUUGGAGUGAUUACUAGACGUAAACAGCUGCAGAUCAUUGUUACCUGUGAGCUGGAGAGUGACUCCAUCGCUGAGAUCAUGUAUGUGACCGAGGAUGACAUAAUCCAGGAUCAGACAGAGUCUGGAAAGUAUGACGUUAGUCUGGAUUUUUACCCAACAAACGACUUCAUCACUCCAGUGCAAGAGUCUCCAUACUUCAUUGAGCUUAAUCAGUCCGUGUUCCUCCAAGCUACAGUCCAGUCUUCAGAUUCUGACCUCACUGUGUUUGUAGACACCUGUUUUGCCUCCCCGCAGGCUAAUUUCCAUUCACCAAACUAUGAUCUUAUCAGACGCGGAUGUACAAAGGAUAACACCUACCACAACUAUCCCUCUGGUAGUGGCCUUGCCAGGUUCAGCUUCAGUGCCUUCAAAUUCCUGAACACCCACCCAUCCGUGUACCUCCAAUGCCAGUUGGUGAUCUGUGAUGUCAGUGAUGUGGGAUCCCGCUGCAAUCAAGGAUGUGUCACGCGUCAACGCAGGGACCUGGGAUCCAAAGUGUGGAAAACCAACACCGUGCUGGGCCCCCUCCGUCUGAAACACCACAAUGAGCCCGAGGCUGCAGGCUCUGCCAGUGAGAAGACAGAAGAUGUUGUGAAGACAGACCAGAGCAGCUUGUAUGUGUUGGGCAUCUCUGUACUGGUACUCAAUGCCCUCAUAGUGGCAUUUGUGGUACUCAGGUACACCAGAAGAGAGCCCACAGGUUACAGAUACCAUGCAGUGGCCACAAACUGA